CCGGAAGUUCUCAGCGCGGCGCGUGCGCGGAAGGAGCAGAGUGGUGUUGAGACAGUGUGAGCGACAUCUCGGAACUGCGUAUGGCUAUGCUGUCCCCCGAAGCGGAGCGGGUGCUGCGGUACCUGGUCGAAGUGGAGGAGCUGGCCGAGGCGGUGCUGUCGGACAAGCGGCAGAUUGUGGACUUGGACACCAAGAGGAAUCAGAACCGAGAAGGCCUGAGGGCCCUACAAAAGGACCUGAGCACCUCUGAAGAUGUGAUGGUUUGCUUUGGGAACAUGUUCAUCAAAAUGCCUCAUCCUAAGACGAAGGAAAUGAUCCAGAGAGAUCAGGAGCACCUGGAUAAAGAAAUAGAAAGACUCCGGAAUCAACUGAAAGUGAAAGUCAACCGCCUCUUUGAGGCCCAAGGAAAGCCGGAGCUGAAGGGCUUUAACCUGAACCCCCUCAACCAGGAUGAGCUUAAAGCCCUCAAGGUCAUUUUGAAAGGAUGAGACUCAAAACAGCAGAAUGGGGGACCUAUGGCCAGGCCCCUGCAGCCUUGAGACCCACAGGGACAGGAUUGUCUCUUUAAGGGGUUGGCAUCAGGAAUGUGGCUUCUGUACCAAAUCUUUUUCUGUACUGCGUGGCUGCUUUGUGACAAGAGAGAACCCUUAGCCUGUUCUGUGUGCUUGGCCUGGCUGCCAGAGCUUAGUGGACACAAGACCUAUUGACAGACCUGGCAGCCAUCUGUAGGUGUGUGGGGUGAGAAUGCUGCAGCCAGACACUUCCCAACAGUAGCCUGCUGUUUAGAUGGGCGUGGCUGGGGUGGAGGGAGAGGGCGGACUGGGGGCUUCAUUCCAGCUUUCUGCAUGGAGAGGCAUUUUAAGGCAGUGUGUGUGACGGUGAAAUAAAACAGGAGAUUGACGGUUGGCUUCUGUGUGAAGCCCUGCACCAGCUGCAAGGUAGACACAUUUCCCCAGUGCUCCAGUCCUGUGUUUUCCUGCUGGCUUUCCAUAGUAGGUGCUGUCAAUCACCCUGUGUGGUUGCUCUGGAGAUGGGAGACCUUAUAGAGUACUGGCCCAGGGCAGGCAAGCCGUGUCCUUUCUAGUGUGACUCAACAUGGAGCAUCCUUUGCGGCCUCUGACAGCAGGGCUUGGCCGGAUGGCCUGACUUCACAGGGUGAGUGUGGCGUGAGAGCGAAACUGGCCUCUCUUCCCUGAGGUUCAAUAAACAUCGACUGAGCAAACCACAGCUCUGAGUUGUCA